AUGGAAGCAAUAGGAACCAUCAGCAAUAUUGCUGGCAUUUUAUCCGCGGGAAUACAAGUUUGUGAGGGGCUAAUCAAUUAUUAUAAUGCCUGGAAAGGUAGUAAAAAGGAGAAUGCCGACAUGAUCAAGUCUAUCGAAGGUCUUUUGACGAACUUUGCGCUACUGAAAGCAGUCUUACAAAGUCCGGCUUUCGAUAAGGCAAUGUCGAUAACUGUGGAGUCUAAGAUUUUGGACUGUGAAGACAGUAUCGCAGAGUUGGGUGAUGAAUUGAAGAAGGUCAUGGUCUGCAAACCUUCUGUCGUGAAUGUAGAUGAUUUGAUCGCGAGAAAAAAUCAUGACAACCAGGGCUUUAGGGACAAGAUGACGGAACAGGGAAGAAGAAUUUUAUAUCCAUUCAGGAAAAGUACAUUGAUGAGGUUACAAGAGAGCAUCGAACACGUGAGGAGUAACCUGGUUUUUGCUAUGGAUAUUUUGAAUUUUCUACGGUAUCGACGACUGCAGAGAAAGUCGUCGACAUCUCGAAACAACUUAAAGGUUCUUAAAUGGCUAUCAUCCAUAGAUUGCCACUCCAAGCAACGCGAAACAUUAAGCCGAAAACAAGAGGGCACCGGAGAAUGGCUUUUUAGAAGCCAAGAAUACCAAAAUUGGCUAAGUGGAAAGAAUAGGUUAUUGUGGUGCUCAGGCUCCCCCGGAGCUGGCAAAACAGUCCUUACUUCCGCCAUUGUUGAUGAUUUGGAAACAAGAUUUGCAGUAUCGAAUGUCGGAAUAGCAUUCAUAUAUUGCAACUACGCAGAGAAAAUAAGCAUCGCUGAAUAUCUCGCUAGCAUUAUACAACAGCUUAUCCGACAACGAUAUGUAAUACCGGAUUACAUUCUUGAUUUAUAUCACAAACAUAGGUCUAUGGGAACCAAUAUUAAUGCCGCCGAAGCUGUUCACUUGCUGCACAUAUUAACAUCCGAGUUCCCUCGUUUGUACAUAGUCGCUGAUGCCCUAGACGAGUGCGAGGAAACAAAAAAAACGAGGACGAAUCUCAUUCGGCAAUUACAGAAUUUGCCCUCAAAUGCACAUCUCCUCCUUACUUCGCGUCGCCUGGGAGAUAUUGAAGAAAAGCUAUCCCAUUAUCCGCACCUCGAGAUUCGAGCUAGUGAUGAUGAUGUUCGAGUGUAUUUGGAGGCACGAAUAGAUAUGGAGGAGAAUAUCUUAAAAUUUUGCAAGAAAGAUCCGACGUUACGAAAGACAAUCGUCGGACACAUUGCUGAAAAAGCUCAUGGAAUGUUCCUUCUCGCCCAUAUGCACAUAGAAGCUAUAGCUUCAGAACUGAAGAUCAGUCGUGUUAGAAAAGCAUUGACUAGCCUGCCAGAAAUCAUUUACAGAACUUAUGACGAUGCAAUGAAAAGAAUCAUGGAGGGGCAAGAGACGAAUCGCAAAAAUUUGGCCAUGAAUAUUUUGAUGUGGCUCUCUUGUGCAAAAAGGCCUCUGACUGUACGUGAGCUGCAGCAUGCUGUGGCUAUCAUGGAACUCGACUCUGAUGAGAGCGAAUUAGAUGAAGAUGAUUUUUACGAUCAAGAUUUGCUUUUGACAGUCUGUGCUGGUCUCGUUGUGGUCGACCCAGAGAGCGGCGUUAUCCGUUUGUGUCAUUUUACCCUCCAGGAAUACUUUGAGCGCCAUCGUGCAAAGUUUUUUCCUAAUUCCAAUCUGUUGAUUGGUCAAGCUUGCAUCAGAUACCUGUCCUUGGACAACUUCAAAAAGCCCGAAAGUCCAGACCGCGAGACAAUCAAGACUCGACUCAAGGAAUAUCCUUUAUUAUCAUAUGCAAGCCAAUAUCUCGGUGUACAUGCUCAGGGUGCAGCGGAAAUAGAUCUCAAGGAUGAUAUUCUACAUUUCCUCAAUCAAAGAACACUCGUUAAUGGCGCUUCUGCUGCUAUGAUGCCUUUCAGCAUACGAGAUACGAUCGAAUUCCCUCCUCCAAUUGUUGCCGCGGCUAUGUUCGGUUUGCCAACAAUCGUCGGCGAAUUGCUUAGGAGAGGAGCAGAUAUUGAAGCAGUCUGCCCAAAGAACUUCACACCUUUGUUAAUUGCAGCGGAAUUAGGCCACUUCCCUGUGGUUCAACUUCUCAUCAAUUCCAAAGCAAACCUUUUUGCUAAGGAUUAUCAACAAGAAAAUGCUCUCCACAAAGCUGCGCGAAAGGGACAUGUGGAGAUUGUAAAGCAACUCGUUUUUGUCCAACCGUCUCUAAUCGAAAUUCCAUAUGAAGAGCAUUUCAACAAAACAGCACUCCACAUCGCAAUCGAUCGUCGGCAUGAAGGAGUUAUCAGAGCUUUGAUAGAAGCUGGAGCCGACGUCAACGCAUUGGAUGAGUUGAGUUUGACUCCAUUAAUGAAAGUGGUAGUAGAUAAUCUUCCAGAUGCCAUUGAUCUGCUUAUUGAAAAGGGAGCGCAUGUUGAUGCAAAAGGUUUUCGCAAACAUGCUGCCUUAUCCAUGGCAGCAACUGCAGGAAACAUUGUGGCCGUUAAAAAGCUGCUCGCAGCAGGAGCUGAAGUUGAUGCUGGCAAGGAUACUUACUCUGGUACUGCAUUGAUUCGUGCCGUCAGUUCGGGCCACAAGAAUGAUGCCCUUGUUGCUAAGGAACUCAUUCUGCAUGGUGCGGAUGUAAAUGCGGAUGCCGAGGGCGAAACCGUGUUACAUAAGGCUGCAAAGGUUGGCCGUGAUGAUAGUGUACAAGUUCUCAUUGAAGCGGGUGCUAAUCUCCAUGCGAAGACUUUCGAAGGAAACACAGCUUUGUCUUCCGCUAGGCAAUUGAGAAAUAGAGGUCCGCAUCCAGAAGUCAUUGCUUUGUUGAAAAGGGCGAUGAAAAUCAAUCCUCUUGGUACUGUUGCUUAG